AUGAAUGGAAAGGCAGAGGGAUGGAUGAAAAAUGAAUGGUUAUUUGGGUUAGUGGAUGAGUGCUUGCAUGGAAAGAAAGUGAAGUCGCUCAGUCGUGUCCGACUCUUUGUGACCAUGGACUGUAGCCUACCAGGCUUCUCCGUCCACGGGAUUUUCCAGGCAAGAGUUCUGGAGUGGGUUGCCAUUUCCUUCUCCAGGAGAUCUUCCCCACUCAGGGAUCGAACCCGGGUUUCCCGCAUUCUAGGCAGACGCUUUUACCGUCUGAGCCACCAGGGAAGUCGCAUGCAUGGAGGAAAGAUACUGAACGGAAGGAUUAUAGAUGGAGGUGAAAAGAUCCACAGACGAAGUCGGUGUAGGGUAUGCUGA